UGAACCUAACCCAGAAUCCAAUCUUGUUACGUACGCGCUUUUGACUAUAAAUACCUCCUUCAACCUCCCAUUUCAACUCGAACCACCCUCUCCUCCUUCAACCACCACCCACUUCGCCAUUGUAGCAAUUUCUCUGCUCCUUUACCUUUCAAGAUGGCGGCGGAGACUUUCCUAUUCACUUCUGAGUCAGUGAACGAGGGGCACCCUGACAAGCUCUGUGACCAGAUCUCUGAUGCUGUGCUGGAUGCAUGCCUGGAGCAGGACCCUGAUAGCAAGGUUGCAUGUGAGACUUGCACCAAGACCAACUUGGUCAUGGUCUUUGGAGAGAUCACCACCAAGGCCAUUGUUGACUAUGAGAAAAUUGUGCGUGACACCUGCAGGAAAAUUGGGUUUGUUUCAGCUGAUGUUGGACUUGAUGCUGACAACUGCAAGGUCCUUGUUUACAUUGAGCAGCAGAGUCCUGAUAUUGCUCAGGGUGUGCAUGGCCAUUUGACCAAGAGGCCUGAGGAAAUUGGUGCUGGUGACCAGGGUCACAUGUUUGGCUAUGCUACCGAUGAGACCCCUGAGCUGAUGCCUCUGAGCCAUGUCCUUGCUACCAAGCUUGGUGCUCGCCUAACUGAGGUUCGCAAGAAUGGAACCUGCGCUUGGCUGAGACCUGAUGGUAAGACCCAAGUCACUGUGGAGUAUUACAAUGACAAUGGUGCUAUGGUUCCUGUUCGCGUCCACACUGUUCUCAUCUCAACCCAGCAUGAUGAGACUGUCACUAACGAUGAAAUUGCUGCUGAUUUGAAAGAGCAUGUGAUCAAGCCUGUGAUUCCUGAGAAGUAUCUUGAUGAGAAGACCAUCUUCCACCUGAACCCUUCUGGCCGUUUUGUCAUUGGUGGUCCUCAUGGUGAUGCUGGUCUCACUGGGAGGAAGAUCAUCAUUGACACUUAUGGUGGAUGGGGUGCUCAUGGUGGUGGUGCUUUCUCAGGGAAGGACCCAACUAAGGUUGAUAGGAGUGGGGCUUACAUUGUGAGGCAAGCUGCUAAGAGCAUUGUUGCUGUUGGACUUGCAAGGAGGUGCCUUGUCCAGGUUUCCUAUGCCAUUGGUGUGCCUGAGCCUUUGUCUGUGUUUGUUGACACUUAUGGUACUGGGAAGAUCCCUGAUAAGGAGAUUCUGAAGAUUGUGAAGGAGGAGUUUGAUUUCAGGCCUGGUAUGAUCUCCAUCAACCUUGAUCUCAAGAGGGGUGGCAACAACAGGUUCUUGAAGACUGCUGCUUAUGGACAUUUUGGAAGGGAUGAUGCUGACUUCACAUGGGAAGUGGUGAAGCCUCUGAAGUGGGAGAAGGCUUAAGUGACACCUCUGGGCUCUGCCCUUUUACCUUAAUAGUAGUAUGUCUAAUAUUCAAAUCUCUUAAUGCCCUGUUUUUCUGUGUCGCUUUGUGAUAUUUUUUGAAUGAUCAAUUGGAAACUGUACUCUCAGUUUGUGAAUGCUGAUGCUCAGUGUCAUAUACUAGUAUCAUAUCUUCAUAUAUUCAUAUCAGAAAGUGAGUAAUCAAUGUUUUAAAA